AUGCGGCCUUCGGGAAGUACAUACAAGACCUUCCUCGACACGAAUCUGGAUAUGCGCACAAUGGCUGAUAUAUAUUCUGACCUCGAGUUCUCGGGACCCCCUUCGAGUACUUAUACUCCUUCAUCUCUGGAUGAGCUAGCCUCUCGCAUUCAUGCUGGCUGGAAUGCUGAGGGUUUGACAUCGCCACUGUACAACUAUCAGUGCGAGACUGUUGCCGCCAUGCUCCUUCGAGAACGGGCAGAUGUCACGAUACCCGAUCCUCUAUACACGUGUGUGACCGGUAUAGAUGGCGCACGAGUCUACCUGCAACCUUCGACCAUGGAGCUCCUGCGCGAGCGGCCCACAGUCGCACAACCUCGAGGCGGUAUUCUUUGCGAGGAGCUGGGCACUGGCAAGACGGUAAUGGUUCUUGCUCUUGUAUUAUCCACUAUCGACCAGCUCCCCAAACCUGAACAAUCCAUCUACACCCCGACCAUCCUUACACCUAUCUCUUUUCGACACUUCCGCGAUGACGAGGAUCGUGCAAGUCGUGAACGUGCUCGAUGGAAGAAGAGCACUGGAGAGUUUCCUUCUCUCGUGGAGAUCCUCCAUCAUUACCUGCGCGUGAACCCGGAGAAGACGCGCUCCCGCCUACGAGACCUCCUUUCCGAAGAUAACCCCGGCCUUCUGGACUCGAUCGAGCGUAAUGUGCCGUACUACCUCCAUUACAACGACGAGGCGGAGCGCGCGCGGUCAUCGCGAGGCGGUAGGACGGUGGCAAGCCCAAGAGUCAUAUAUCUCACGUCUGCGACCCUCAUCGUCGUCCCGCCAAACCUUGUUGCGCAAUGGGUGUCGGAGAUUCAUAAGCAUGUCAGUAGCGACAUACGGGUUUUGGUCAUCCGGCAACACGAUGAUCUUCCGCCGGCGCUAUCGCUUGCCACAGAGUUCGAUAUCGUCCUUACAAGCCACACACGCUUGGCGAAGGAGCGCGAUGGGUUCAACGUCGACAGGCUGCACACAUGGAAACUGUGUACUUGCCCUGCACCUGCGCGCUCGCCCCGCGCGCCCCUUUGCAACUGUUCUCCGGCUAAGGGCGUUUCCAUACUCGCGCAGAUACGCUGGAAACGUGUCGUUGUCGAUGAAGGUCACGGUCAAGGAGUCCCCGAUACAUCCUUCAGCGCUGUUUGCGCGAAACUGAAUGCCGAACGCCGCUGGAUCAUGUCCGGCACGCCGACGCGAACUCUGCUCGGACUCAACCUGGGUUCUAGUACAUAUGAGGAUCUGCAGCUUCUGUACCCGGAUAGCGAAGAGAACACGCCUGCGAGCUCCCCAUCGGGGCAGACGUUGCAGCUGUCCGAUGAAAGCGAGUCGCCUUCAAGCAUCCGGUUCCCUGUCUCGGACAAUGCUCCUCCUCACACCCUGGAUGCCAUGAGCGCCAAGCCGAGUGAUGGGCCGACGUCCAUAACUGUCUUCCGCAAAAUUUGGGACAAGUACUCUCGCGAGGAUCUGCGCAGGCUACAUGUCAUGAUGUCAAACUUCUUACGCGAUCCGCGCUUCUUGGCGGAUUCACAUAUAUUCAGAACGCAUGUUCUGCAAGCACUCUUUACACCUACAGGACCGCUUCCCGGUGCGAUAAAGGUGCUAGAGCAACUGAUGACUAGCUUCAUGAUUCGUCAUAGGAUUCAGGACGUCGAGAAGGACAUCGAGCUGCCUUCGUUAACUGAAGAGACGGUCGUACUCGACAUGGACCCUCUCGUGCGCACAUCAUACAAUGCCAUGCUUGCCGCGAUCACAUUCAACGCCAUCGAUUCGGAACGCACAGACAAGGAUUACAUGUUCCACGCAGCCAAUGUCGCCAGUGUACGUGAAGUCAUCAGCAACAUGUCGCAAUUGAUGUUCUGGCGCGUCGACGACAAUAUGUACAACGUCGAGGAACUGUACCGCGCUUGCGAGCCAACUCUUCAACGCGCCACAGAACGUGGUGUAUCCGCUGCGGACAUGGAACUGUUGAAGCAAGCCGUCUUUCAUGUUCGGAGGGCGCAUGCGGAUAGAAUAUGGAAAGCAGUCCAGACACAGACUAUCCCAGAGAUGCCUUACACAGUAGACGGGAUACCUCCAUCCGUUCUUUCCUCAUGGGUUGAGAUCAAACGCUCCAUCCGUGUCCUCCCGGAGGACCGCGCCCGCGGAAUCAUGUUCCCUUACCGUCUUUCGAAGCUCGCGGAGAUCGUCAGCGCCCGACCGCUCAUGUCAAUACCCCGUCUCAUCGAGGAGGGUAAGGCACAGGAACAGGAGGAUGCCCUUCGUCUGCACAUCUUCCAAGCCCAAGUCGCCUCCCGCAAGAAGGCAAAAGGCCAUAAGACUGCCGAUCGCGAGGCAGUGAAGGCUCACCAGAGUGCCCUCGCAACGGAGGCUCCUGCGCGCUUGCGUGAGCUUGAGCGCGAACGUGAAUUAGCUCGAGAACGGAGCUUCGGCGAAGAAGCGACGGAUGCACAGACAAUGGUGGCUACGAUUGCCAACGCAUCCUCUGUGGCUAGCACAGAGCUGCUUCGCAAGAGUGCUCUGAGCAGAGCCCGCAUUCUUCACUCCAAAUCGGCGAAACUUAACUUCAUUCUGAACGAGGUUGCCAAAUAUGGCCAAGGCGACAAGUUCCUGAUAUUCUCCAAGUCGCCGCUUACGCUCGCACACAUCUCGGACGCCCUGACCCUCGCUCGCAUCAAGUUCAUCUCAUUCACCAAUGACCUGAAGCUCGAGACGCGCCAGCAAGCUGUCACGACCUUCGAAACGUCCGAUACUUUCCGUGUCUUCCUCAUGGACCUCAAGCUGGGAUCCCACGGCUUGAACUUGGUCUCUGCAUCUCGUGUCAUCUUCUGCGAGCCGGUGUGGCAUGCAGAUGUCGAGGCCCAGGCCAUAAAGCGUGUACAUCGUAUCGGUCAGAAGAAGCCUAUCAUCGUCAAAACUUUGGUCAUGCGUGGCACUCCCGAGGAGCUUGUCGUUUCACGACGCACCGAAUUGAAACGGAUGAACCAGAGUCAAAGUCUCGAUUCUGCCGACGAUGUUGGAAUACGAGACUUCAUUGAGCGCCCGAGAUUCUUGCCUGACUCUGAGUUCAAACCCCAAGACGUGAACAUAUCCCUCCUGGAUCUCGGAGAUAUAGACUCUCAACUUGAAGAGUUCGAGGACCGCCAAGUACCCUCGCUUCUCGAUGAACUCAAAGCGGCGACCUCCAGUCAGCACAUCGAUCCUCUGAUCACACAAUCCACCAAGUCCAGCGGAGUUUCCUACUACUCUGACGACCAUUCCCGUGUUGAGCAAAUACAAGCUGGUCGCAAACACUCUAGAGAGGCGUCGUCACAUGAAGAUGAAACACCACCGAAGAAGCGCCGCGUGAUGUUCGCGUAG